UCCCAAUGCUCGCCUUCUGUCAGGGAGCCGGGGAAGGCUGGGGAUAAGGAAAGGGUUUUCCGAGCGGGGCUACCAGUCUGGCUGGGUGCCUCCGGCGGAUGCUCGGGGCCGGGGAGCGGGGCCCCCCGUGCUCCCAUGGACCUUCCCAGCGGGCUGCUCCUCGCCUGCUCCCUCUGCCUCCUGCCCGGGUUCAGUGACACCUUCAACAUCGACACCAAGAGGCCCAAAAUCAUAGCCGGCUCUAAGGACGCCUAUUUCGGCUACACGGUGCAGCAGCAUGACAUCGGGGGCAAGAAAUGGCUGGUGGUGGGGGCCCCCUACGAGACCAACGGGCAGCAGAAGACGGGAGAUGUCUACAAGUGCCCGGUGACCAGCGACAGCCCCAGCAACUGCACCAAGCUCAACCUAGGAAGAGUCACGCUGUCCAACGUGUCUGAGCGGAAGGACAACAUGCGCCUGGGGCUCAGCCUGGCCACCAACCCCAAGGACAGCAGCUUCCUGGCCUGCAGCCCGCUCUGGUCCCAUGAGUGCGGCAGCUCCUACUACACCACGGGGAUGUGCUCCCGCGUCAACGCCAACUUCAGAUUCGCCAAGACCGUGGCCCCGGCUCUGCAGAGAUGCCAGACGUACAUGGACAUAAUCAUAGUUCUGGACGGAUCAAACAGCAUAUAUCCUUGGGUUGAAGUUCAGCACUUCCUGAUAAACAUCUUGAAAAAAUUUUACAUUGGCCCCGGCCAGAUACAAGUCGGCGUGGUUCAGUACGGAGAAGACGUGGUCCACGAGUUUCACUUAAAUGACUACAGGUCUGUAAAAGACGUGGUGGCAGCUGCCAGUCACAUAGAGCAAAGAGGAGGCACAGAAACCAGGACUGCCUAUGGGAUAGAGUUUGCUCGCUCGGAAGCGUUUCAGAAAGGUGGCCGGAAAGGGGCAAAGAGAGUAAUGAUUGUAAUCACAGAUGGAGAGUCGCACGACAGCCCAGACCUGGAGAAGGUGAUCGAGGACAGCGAGAAGGACAACGUCACCAGAUACGCGGUGGCGGUGAGUAGCGGGGCCCUGCUGCUGCAGGAGGCGGUGAGAGGUGCUCACGUCGGGAUGUGGCUGCCCAAGGAGGUGCUGGGGAGGGGCAGGACCCUGCGAGGCACCCAGAUCGCAUCCAUCCUUACAGCCCCCCCAGUCUGCUCCCAUCGUGGGGUGCCAGGCACAAAGGGGAAGAACAGAUCUGGGAUGCUUUGGGAUGGCUUUAUCCAUCGUGUGAAAACAACUGACACUGCCUUCCUCUCCCAAACCCAGGUACUGGGUUAUUAUAACAGAAGAGGGAUCAAUCCCGAAGCCUUUCUGAAUGAGAUAAAAUUCAUAGCGAGCGACCCGGAUGACAAGCACUUCUUCAACGUCACCGACGAAGCAGCGCUCAAAGACAUCGUGGACGCGCUGGGGGAAAGGAUAUUUAGCCUGGAAGGAACCAACAAGAAUGAAAUCUCCUUUGGACUGGAGAUGUCCCAGACUGGCUUCUCAUCGCACAUCGUGGAAGACGGGAUCCUGCUGGGGGCCGUGGGCGCCUACGACUGGAACGGGGCCGUGCUGAAGGAGACCAGCAGCGGGAAGGUGAUCCCGCUGCGCGAGUCCUACCUCCAGGAGUUCCCCGAGGAGCUGAAGAACCACGGCGCCUACCUGGGUUACACCGUCUCCUCCGUCGUGUCCACCGCACGCGAGCGGCUCUACGUCGCGGGAGCGCCGCGGUUCAACCACACGGGGAAGGUGAUCAUCUUCACCAUGCACAGCAACCGCAACCUCACCAUCCACCAGGCGCUGAAGGGAGAGCAGAUCGGCUCCUACUACGGAAGCGAGAUCAACUCCCUGGACGUGAACGGCGAUGGUGUCACGGACGUGCUGCUGGUGGGAGCCCCCAUGUACUUCAGCGAGGGCAGGGAGAGGGGCAAGGUCUACGUCUAUGCCCUGCGAGAGAACCGCUUUGUUUCCAGCGGGGCCCUGGGGGACCUGCAGAGCUACCAGAACUCCCGCUUCGGCUCCUGCAUCGCCGCCGUGCCCGACCUCAACCAGGACUCCUACAACGACGUCGUGGUCGGGGCGCCUUUGGAGGACGACCACCAAGGAGCGAUAUACAUCUUCCUCGGCUUCAAGGAGACCGUCCUGAAGAAGUACAAGCAGCGGAUAGCAGCUGCAGACCUCGGACCAGGCCUGAUGUAUUUUGGAUGCAGCAUCCACGGACAGCUGGACAUGAACGAAGACGGGCUCGUGGACUUAGCCGUCGGCUCUCUUGGGAACGCCGUGCUGCUCUGGUCCCGCAGCGUCGUCCAGAUCAACGCCAGCAUCCGCUUCGAGCCCUCCAAAAUCAACAUCUUCACCAAGGACUGCAAGCGGAACGGGAAGGAUGCCACCUGCAUGUCGGCCUUCAUCUGCUUCACCGCCGUCUUCCUCUCGGCCCACUUCCAGACGGCCAGCGUGGCGCUGCACUACAAUGCCACCAUCGACGAGCGGCGGUACACGCCGCGGGCUCUCCUGGACGAGAGCGGGGAGCGGCACGCUCACCAGGCGCUGGUGCUGCUGGCGGGGCAGGAGCACUGCGACAGGCUCCACUUCCACGUGCUGGACACGGCUGACUACGUGAAGCCGGUGACGUUCUCGGUCGACUACGAGCUGGAGCACCCCGAGAGCGGCCCCAUGCUGGACGACGGCUGGCCCACCUCGCUCAAGGUCUCGGUCCCGUUCUGGAACGGGUGCAACGAGGAUGAGCACUGCGUCCCUGACCUGGUCCUCGACGCUCGAAGCGACGUGCCCAGUGCCAUGGAGUACUGCAGGAGGGCUCUGCGCCGGGCUGCCCCCGCCUGCUCCACCUUCAGCCUCUCCUUCGACGCCUCCGUCUUCGUCAUCGAGAGCACCAGGAGGAGGGUGGCCGUGGAGGCGACGCUGGAGAACCGCGGCGAGAACGCCUACAGCACCGUGCUCAACAUCUCCUUCUCCAGGAACCUCCAGUUCGCCAGCCUGAUCCCCAAGGAUGACACGGACAUCAACAUCGACUGCAUGAGCGACGAGAAGCACCCCAACAAGAGAGUCUGCAACGUGAGCUACCCCUUCUUCCGAGCUAAAGCCAAGGUAGCUUUUCGCCUGGAUUUUGAAUUCAGCAAGUCAAUUUUCCUGCAGAGCAUGGAGAUCUACCUGACUGCCAACAGUGACAGCGAGGAGAAGGAGAGCACCAAGGAGGACAACGUCGCCCACCUCAAUUUCCACCUCAAGUACGAAGCUGACCUGCUCUUCACCAGGGCGUCCAGCCUGGACUACUACGAAAUCAAGUCCAACAGCUCCCUGGAGAGAUACGACAGCAUCGGCCCCCCUUUCCACUGCUCCUUCAAGCUGCAGAACCUGGGCUUCUUCCCCGUGGAGGGGGUGACCAUCAAGCUCACCGUCCCCGUGGCCACCAGGGCGGGCAACCGCCUCCUGCUCCUGACCCAAUUCAUGGUGGACCAGGAGAACGCGACCUGCAACGUCUGGGGGAACACCACCGACUACCGCAGCACACCUGCCGAGGAGGACCUGUCCCGCACCCCGCUCCUGAACCACAGCAACUCCGACGUCGUUUCCAUCGACUGCAAUGUGAAAUUAGCCCCCAACGAGGAGAUGAACUUGCACUUGCGUGGCAAUCUGUGGAUGAAGUCACUGAAAGCACUGAAGUUCAAGUCACUGAAGCUCACCACGAACGCCGCCCUCCAGCGACGCUUCGGGAGCCCCUUCGUCUUCCGCGAGGAGGACCCCAGCCGCCAGGUAACAUUUGAAAUCUCCAAGCCGGAGGAGUCGCAGAUCCCCAUCUGGAUCAUCCUGGGGAGCACGUUAGGGGGGCUCCUGCUCCUGGCGCUGCUCGUGCUCGCGCUCUGGAAGCUCGGAUUUUUUAAAAGCGGCAGCCGCAGGAGAGAGGCGGAGGAGGAGCAGAGCGCCAAGGUGCUGGAGUGAUGCUCCCGGUGGGGCCGGGGGGCUCGGCCCCCUCUCGCCGCCCUCCUCGGCGCUCGCUGCUCACCGGUAGAUGCUCGUCUCGAUGCCGAGGGACUUGGGUGCUGAGCUCGGGCUGCAUCGAGACGAGAACGCACCCCUUUGUGUGAAAUCGCCUAAACAGGUCCAAAACAGACAAACACCAAAAAAAAAGAAAAACAACGACCAAUGACACGAAAAAAAAACACAUACCAAAAAAAAAAAAAAAAAAAGAAGCAGACAAACCCAGCCCCUGUUUGGUGGCCCUAUGCCGUGGGUUCAAACUGCUUUUAGGACAGCCCUGCCCUACCGGGGCCGGCAGUGGUGCAGAAGGGACGGGGCAAGCGCGCACCCCAUAACCUGGGGUGAACCAGGUGCAGCAUCCCGAGGGGAACAAUCUUUAGCAAUUUCCAUUUUUUAAUGAUUUUUUUUUUUUUUUUAAAUUGCCAUAGUGGGACUGUAUCAAACCCCGGGGCUCACCUGCCCCAAGGAAGGGGAAUCUCUCGGUUGGGGGGAAAAAGAGCAAACUUGGAUGGAAAUACUGAAACCGUCCCGAGGGGCUGCAGGGUCUGGGGGGCUCCCGCGGGGCGCAGCGAAGCUGCAGCUCUCGGACUGCUCUGCACCAGCUAAAUGAGCUAUCAGCUGGAGGUUUUAAUUUGCCUUCUUGAUGCACUGAAUACGAAUAAUAGCAAAUUAAAGCACCUUAAUGCAUAUCUCCAGCAUCCAGCUGUACAUACUUAUUCUAGAAAUAUUUGCCUGUUUAAGCAAAGGAGAAAAAAAAAUCAAGAAAUCUUUUUUUAAAUCUUUUUAAAAAAUCAAAAAAAAAAAGGAAAAAAAAAGAACAAUAACAAACCAGUUCAAAGUGUUUUCUACAAACUGAGCAGUUUCGAAGAGCUUGCGUCCAGCAAGGGUCCGCACGUGUACUAUAACUGUAUAUAUUUGGUGUCACGCCAAGCCAGAGGGUCAGUGCUGUUUGACAAAAAUCUUUCUUUUUGCAUAACAGAAUUAUUUAUGCUAAUAUUAAUUUUAUGAAGGAAAAGAAAGCAUAUGUCCACCUGAUGUGUAAUGAAGUUUGUUAAAUACUGUCCUAGUAUUUUUUAAGGAUUAAAAAUACGGUAUUU